AUGGAUUUCCUGGUUCUCUUCUUCUUCUACCUGGCCCUUUUGCUGACCGGUGGUGUUCUGAUUUGCAUCUGCUCAAGGUCCCAGUACUGGAAAGGCCUGGUCGGGAAAGGAGCACAGGUAAUUUCCUGUCUAAUUCCAGAAUGCCUUCAGAGACCUGUGCAAAGACUGCUUCAUUACCUCUUUCAUUCACGAAACCCCACCUUCAUUGUCUUGCACCUCGUCUUGCAAGGGCUGGUUUACACCGAGUUCACCUGGGAGAUUUUUGGCUACUGCCGAGAACUGGACUUCUCUGUGUCUUACCUUCUUCUACCCUACCUGCUGCUGUUUGUGAACCUGCUCUUUUUCGCCCUAAGUUGUGGUAGCAACCCAGGAACCAUCACAAAAGCCAACGAACUCUUGCUUCUCCAAGUUUACAAAUUUGAUGAAGUAAUGUUUCCGAAGAACGUGAGGUGUCCCACUUGUGACUUAAGGAAGCCGGCUCGAUCCAAGCACUGCAGGGUGUGUAACAGGUGUGUGCACCGUUUCGACCAUCACUGUGUCUGGGUGAACAACUGCAUCGGGGCCUGGAACACCAGAUACUUCCUCAUCUACCUCAUGACGCUGACAGCCUCGGCGGCCACCAUAGCCACAUUAAGCACAGCAUUUCUAGUCCAGGUGGUAUUCUUCUCGGAUCUCUACCUGGAGACCUACAUUGAUGACCGUGGACACUCCCGGGUUGUUGACAUCGUUUUUCUUGUUCAGUACCUGUUCCUGCUCUUCCCAAGGAUCAUCUUCCUGCUGGGUUUUGUGGUCAUGCUCAGCUUCCUCCUGGGAGGCUACCUGUGUUUUGCUCUGUACCUGGCUGCCACCAACCAGACCACUAAUGAGUGGUACAGAGCUGGCCGGACCCCAGGCCAGCACUGCUGCCACCAGGCACCACCCUCAUCCACCACGCCCCAAAUUUUCCAGAACAUGCACUCCCAUGGAAUUUGGAGCAAUCUUCGAGAGAUCUUCCUCCCUGCUACAUGUUAUGAGAAAAAGAAGAAAUAA